CUUUUCCUCAACUCAUGGCAGCAGAUUCGAAGCCGCGAUGCUCGCCCCGCACAGGACCCUGUCCAUCUUUGCGAGCGGGCUAAGGUCUGAGUAUUCCAUCCUUCUCCGAGCCAUACUUUGGCUAGUCCUAGCUGGACAAGACCGUCAGGGUCUUUCGGCGUACCAGCAACUCGCUGAUGCUGCCUUAUGGCUUACGCUUGCCUGUGACGCAGGCUUCGGUCUGCAGAGGGUCGCGUUCGCUCAGCUUGAAAUGCGUCGAUAGGAUUGGGCAUGCGCAUCCACCUCGUCCGCUCCCCCUCGUUCCCUCCUUAUCGGUGUCGAUCUCUCGUCUCGGCGAGUCGGAAGUCUGGCUGGCUUCUUGUUCAAUGUCCUAGAAGGUGCUGCUUUUUAUACC